AAGAUCCCAAGGGUCGGCAGUGUGCCCACCGAACAGGUGCGCAGUGGCCAGAUCACAUCACAGCCCACUUGCGACCUCGAAGUCACCAGCCCAAGUCCCGCUCGUGGCAAUCGUCAACACCACAUUCCUUUUGCAUCGCGCACCAUAUCGAGCACAGGAUCUAGCCUUGUUUGCGAUCGAACGGCACCAUCCACUAGACCGGCUCUUCUUGUACCGCUCGUCUCGCCGAAGUCCACCAACUACACGUCACAGCCGUGCGAGGGGUACAGCACAGCUCGCGCCAGCAUGUUCAGUAUAGACUGGUUGAGCCUCGUGCUCCCGCUCGCAUAUGUGAGCACUCUGUUUGCAUCUCUGUAUACCUUUUCGACAAUCUACAGAAAGAGAAAAGCCUCACGAAGCGCCAGCCUCGAGCCCUGGUUCGGCCAGCACCUCUCACGCAACAUCUACCUGUCACUACUGCACCUCGACCCAGAGGACGGCAAGGAGAAGGCACCAAAGGUCCCGGAUAGUGUCAUCAGAGCCGCCCUCCUGCGCAGGGCUGUCGAGGACAUCCAACGCAUUAUCCAGAUUCGCACCUCCAAACAAGCCCUCAACGGCCUGCUUCAGCGCGGCAGCAUCGGCGAUGACCUGGCGCAGAGAUUUGCGCGCGCCGAAAAGGAGGUUGAGGAGGAGCUGAAGGAUGUUGUCUCCGAGGCCAAUGCCCUCUACCCUGGAUGGGGUCAGAUCAUCUUCCAGUCCGCCAACGAGAUCAACGCGAGAGCCAUGCUCACAGAGAAGCUGGACGAGAUCGAGGCCAAGGUCGACUCGGAGAAGGAGUGGUGGGAGAAGCGUCGGGCGACGAUUCGAAAGGAUUUCAUGCAGGAGCUGGAUAACGAAGCUGGUACUGCGACAGUAUCGUCAACCGCACCAGAAAUCGCAGCACCAACGACCGACUCUCCCGCCAAGGCCAGUGUUGUCGCUAGCGAUGAUGAGGCUGUUCUGGUUGAUGCGGGCGUACCGCCCGCGCCCGCGCCGUCCACACCCUCCGGCAAGAAGAAGAAGGGAAACAAGAAGUAGGCCAGAGCAACUAUUGGAAGUAGCAUCGGGGUGAACCGGGGGACAUGUGGCUGCGCGAUGAGGGAUUGCCCAUAGAGCUACGUGGCUGAGGGUGUCGCACUUAGCGAAGUGCAUGUAUUCAGGGACGAGCAUUUUCACUAUCUGUCCCAGUGCCGUCCAGAGCGGGACAGAGCGGGCACGGAUGGCAUCAUACCGGGCGUUUGGCGCUACACGAUUUUAUGGGAGUGCACAACAGCCUAUUAUCUCAAAGCAUUACGGGCAAAGUCUCUAACAGCACAUAAAGGACAAUUGCUAUGCCUGGUUU